UGAGAUUAUAGUUAUUAUUAUUAUUAUUAUUGUUUUUGUUGUUGGGAUUUACAAUUGUGUGUCUAUUUAAACAUAAAACAUAAAUUGGAUGUCUUCAAUCAAUAGGAUAUGAUAUGACAUAUCAAACGAUAUAAUAAUACUAAUAAUACUAAUCAUACCAUCAAAUGAUAAAAUUAUGGAUCAAUCGUUUGCCACUACCACACAACCAGCACCAGCACCUGCACCACCAUCAACAACAUCAAUGAUGAUAAUGGAUCAGCUAUACAAUAAUUAUAGUGACCUUCAAUUGGACGACCAGACACUGGAUCAGAUUAGUCAGCUAUUGACGCCAUUGCCGACUACUACAAUUAGUAGUAGUGGACAACCAUUACGGGCACCACUACUACCCCCACAACCACCAGUAGCAGCAGCAUCGGUGGCACAGUUACCCGAUUUUAGACAACCAUACUCUCAGUGUAAUACCCAACACCACAACAACAUCACCAACAAUAUUACCGUACCGUUCAAUGAUCUAAGCAAUUGUAGCGGCCGUAACAUAUUGACUGACCAAACAUAUCGUUUACCGCAAACUAAUACUAAUAGUAUACCUAAUAAUAAUACCGACUAUUAUACUAAUAUUAAUUGCAAUACUAUUGGUAGUAAUCAUCACAUCUCCAGCACUUCCAGUAGUAGUAGUAAUAAUAAUAAUAAUAAUUUUAUAUAUAAUGUCUAUCCGACUGAUAAUUACUAUAAUAAUCAAAAUCAAAAUCAAAAUUUAUUAGACAAUAAUAAUCAAAAUUGUAUUAUUGAUGGUAAUUGUUUUGCCCAAACAAAUCAGUCAUCAUUAUCAUCAUCAUCGACAUCGACAUCAUCACCAUUACCACCAUUACCACCACAAUCAUCAUCAGUGAUAAACAUCAUCAGCAAUAACAGUGAAAACCAACAACUAAUACAUCAGCCGCCACUAGUUAAUCAUCACCGACGGCAGCCACUGACCACCGCUGACCAUCACGACUGGAACCAAUUGGUCGAUAUUAUCGAUGUCGAUAAAUUGCGCGGCCGAUUGGUGGCCAACUGUGAUGAAUAUUGUCGUAAAAUUAUACGCGAUAUGAAUACCGUUGGUGUAUCGGUUUUGGAUGAAUUUAUGGGCCACGAGUUGGGCGAACUGGUCGUCCAGGAAGUCCUACAUCUCUAUCAUACGGUGCUGUUUACCGACGGCAAAGUGGUCAACGAUAAUAAUGACAACACUGGUAUAGUCAACGAGUUUCAUAUGCGGGAAAAGAUUAGAGGAGAUACCAUCUAUUGGGUUACGGGUGGCGAACCUAACUGCCGGUUCAUUAGCCUAUUGAUGCAGACAUUGGAUCGGAUUAUCUUCAAGUGUAACAAAAUGUCUAACAAUGGUCUGAUGGGUAUCAAUAGCAUAAGCAGCCGUACGUCGGCAAUGGUGGCCUGUUAUCCGGGACGAGAGACCAGUUAUAAACAACACGCCGACAAUACCAUAUGUGACGGUAGAUAUAUUACAUGUAUUUAUUAUGUCAAUAAAGAGUGGUUAUCGGCGAGAGACGGUGGUCUACUACGGCUAUACCCGGCACAGGUGUCCGGCCAGCGACCGCUGAGUGUGACGCCCGAGUUUGAUCGUCUGAUAUGUUUUUGGUCGGAUCGCCGUAAUCUUCACGAAGUCCUACCAACCAAUCGGAUGCGAUUUGCUAUAACUGUCUGGUAUUUUGAUGACGAAGAGCGCCGACGAUUCCGGCAGAAGAAGAAACUACAGACGACAUCAUCGACAGCAACGAUGUCUUCACGUCAUUAAAAAAACUCAGUUUUUUGGGAUCAGAUAUCAGAUAAUCAAUCAAUCAAUCAUUGAAAAUGGUUGAUACAAAUAAUACUGUUGUUAUAUGUCUAUAACUAUGCCUUAAAAAUAUAUAUUUAUAUAUA